AUGGAUGAUAGGACCCCUGGUUUUAGGUUCUACCCAACAGAAGAAGAGUUAGUUUCAUUCUAUCUGCACAACAAGCUUGAAGGAACUAGACAAGACCUCGACCGGGCUAUACCUAUGGUUGACAUUUAUGAAUACAAUCCAUGGGACCUCCCAAGAGAGUUAUGUCAAGGGGAUCCUGAGCAGUGGUUUUUCUUCAUUCCUAGGCAAGAGAGAGAAGCCCAUGGAGCAAAACCUAACAGGCUCACGACUAAAGGAUAUUGGAGAGCCACUGGAUCUCCAGGUUCUGUUUACUCGAAUAACCGAAUAAUUGGAGUGAAGAGAACCAUGGUUUUCUACAGGGGAAGAGCUCCCGGAGGAAGAAAGACUGAGUGGAAGAUGAAUGAGUACAAAGCCAUUGCAGGAGAAGCUUCUUCGUCAGCAAGUGCAACUCCAAAGUUAAGGCAAGAGUUCAAUUUGUGUCGAAUUUACUUAAAAUCGACAAUCUUGCGAGCAUUUGACAGACGACCUUCAGGAGUGAUGAUGAUUACGGGCGAAGCAAUCGUUUGCCAACCUCAUCAACUUAACGACACAAGUACAUCUCAUCAAAGCCCUCCAAUGACGGUGAUCAGAACAAGUUCACCAAAAAACACAUCCACAGGAGACAAUGUCAAUCCCCCUCCUCAAGUUGUGGAAAAUGAUAUCUGGGACUUGGAUGUGCCUGUUGAUAAUAAUUUUUGGUUGGACUGGGGAUGA